CAAUAUAAUAAGGUAUUAGUAAAAAUGGGGAGGGGGAAAGUGGAGCUGAAGAGAAUAGAUAACCCAACAAGCAGAGAUGUGACCUUCUCCAAACGCAGAAAUGGACUGCUGAAGAAGGCUUUUGAGCUCUCUAUCCUCUGCGAUGCUGAAGUUGCCGUCAUCGUCUUCUCUCACUCUGGCAAGGCCUACGAAUUUGCAAGCCACGACAUAAAUAGGACCAUUGCCAUGUAUAGACGUGAAGUAGGGUUGCCUGAAGCAAACAACUCAACCUUCAGAAGGGCCAGAACCAUGGAGUAUUGGAGGAAUGAAACCGAAGGGUUAAGAAGAUCAAUACAGAACCUCGAAAUGCGGCUCAAGAACUUGGCUGGAGAAGAGCUAUCAACGCUUGGUAUGCAAGAAUUAAAGCAGUUGGAAAGACAGUUAAAAACUGGGGUUGAACGCAUCCGCUCUAAAUCGAGACAGAUCAUUUCGGAGAACGUCAACUUGCUGAAAAGAAAGCAUAAAGAAUUGCAAGAAGAAAACAAGUGUCUGCAAAAAAGAGUUAAGUUGAAGGAGUUUCAUUUUGCUGAUGUCACCUCGUCGACCUCGACAACUACUUCGGGAGCAAAUGCAUGCAUGAGUGCAUUCCAAGUUACAUAGAUUUGCUAAACUAAGUAUUAUGUUAAUUAUGUUGAUCGCUACUUAAGCUUGCUGUUAAUCAAUUAUAAUCUUAUUGUGUGAGUGAACUAAUUUGAAAUUCAGGGUUAUGUUCUCGCAGCAACACCAGCUGCUGCCUAAUUAAUUUGAAAAAGCUGCUUAUAUAUAAUUAGUGGCUGCAGCUUUUGCUGUUGUGAGGGACUGCGAUCAUAGCUUUUGCUGUUGUGUGUUUCUAAUUUCUUGUGUACGAACUAUAUGAAGUUCGUGGAAAUUAAUGUACAUUAUAUGAUGUUGUGGAUCGAUGUUAUGCAUAAGUU